AUGGGGCUUGAGCAACUCCAGCUGAAUCUACAGGGUGAUGGGGGUCUGAUGCUGAAAGAUCCAAAACUACCUAAAUCAAACGAACUUGAUGUAUUUAUACACGACACAUAUCUCCUAAAAUUUGCCAUUUCUCGGCUUGAUGAUAAUUGCGCAAUUUCCUUUGCUGGAGAUAGCUUCGGUGAAGAUGGGUAUGCGUUCGGUCUGAAGAAGGGCUCAAAAUUAAUGAAUCGGUUAUCAGACAAAAUAUUGACGUAUACGUCCAGUGGAUUUAUUGAAGGACUCACAAAAAAGUAUUUUGCACAUAAAGGAUGUGAUAUGCAGAGGGCACACACGCUUGAGAUAAAGUAUGGUCCGCAACAUACGGCCGGGUUAUUUGUUUUGCUCUUGGUAGCUGUUACCCUUUCAAUCUUUCUUAUGAUGGGAGAAUACGUUUUUUUCAAGUACCUUAUUCCUGUUUUGAGGAAGAAGCCUGCCUGUAGUAAAUGGAGAAGUAUCAAUAUUAUGUUUCUAAGUCAGAGAUUCUUCAGAAUUCUGAACAGCGAACAACUGGUAUCUCCCCAGAGUACAGCUAGAGAGAUAAUACAUAUUGUUAGAAACAGAGAUUUUGCCAAGUUUUUUCAGAAAGAUGAAAUAAAGUCUACCAAAGCCCAUCGCAGAAACCCGCCGCCACAAAGAAAUAAGGAUAUUUUUGAUUUAGCCACAACAAUGAUAAGAACCCAAAAAGCUGAAAUGUACGGUUUGACCAGUGAAAUAACACAAAUUCAGAGAAAGGAAAACCCGAAUACAUUUCGUUAUUCUGAUUCCAAUCAAUGUUCUCCACCAAUUGAUAUUAAUGAGAAAACGAAAGAAACAAGCGUGGCCGAAGCUAGUGCCUCAACGUCCGAUAAAAACAUUCAACCGACCGUUCAUCACGGUCAAACGGCCAAUAGCUCUUUCAUAUCUGGAUUAAGCGAUAAGACGAAAGAAUCUCCACUCAACGAGGAACACAUUCUUAUUAACGUUUUGAACACAGAGAAAACACCAAAGAGUGGUAUAGAAAACCCAGCAUUUUUGAAUCGUGACUCAGACGAGAAGAAUUUAGCCAAACGAACUGCAUUGAUUGAAAAGCAAGACGAUGAUAAAGAAGGCAACGAAGCAAUCCAUGAGCAGCAACAGCAGGAGCAGCCACAGCGCGAACAAAACAGCAGCAACAGUGGCAGCAUUAGAAAUAGUGGUGCUCGAUGUAAAGUGAAUGUAAAUGCGCCCACUCGUGUAGAUUCCCCAUCAUCUUCGUUGAGUUCUUACAGGAAACAAUCCCGUCGACGAUGCAAUGAAAGCCUCGACGAAAUAGACAGGGUCGUUUUUCGCAACAAGGACGAUGUUCACCGCACGGUUCUCGGUGCUGAAAGGUUAAUGUACGGUGGUUGCGGCAGUAAUGACGAUGUUUCAAGAGAAUCGGAGAUUGGGAACGAAGUCAUCGAAUACGACGCCGGCGUUUUGUCGAGCAGCGAUGAGUGGGAACUGGGAAACCAAUCGAGUGCGAACUCCAGCCAAAGCAGUGUGUUUGCUACGACGGUAAGACUUGAAAACGUGUCCGACUGGUCGGCAUGUGGUGAAACCGUCUCUACGGGAAGUAGUAAGAGCGGAUCGAAAGACAGUGCCUCCGCGUUGUUGGGCGUGCCCCCGUCUGAGUAUUACAAGCGAUCGUUGAAAAUGAAGGACAACCGAGUAAAGUCAACAAUACGGCGCCACGCCCUACGAGGGGUGCGUCCUUUACUCCCUGCUUCUAUGAUUGACGAGUGCACGAUAGAGGCACUGUCCAAGGAAGACCUUCUAGUCAUGUGGAAAUCGUCAGAGAUCGAACUCCAGAAGAAACUCGGUGAAGUUAUGGAGCAAAAAGAAAAGCUAAAACGCCUCAUUGAAAAACAUACGGAUCAUACAGAACUUUAGUUACGGCAAUAAUCCUGACCAUUGUCCAAAAGGUAGCGACUACGACCGAGAACAGCAGAACACCGGAAUUAACGGUUCACUGUAUUUAGUUCGCUACCUCAAACUUCCGACUGAGUUCAAUUCCCGCCGGAGGUCGACUUUGCCUUUUAUUCCUCCGGGGUCAAUAAAAUGAAUACUUGUAAUAUAAUAAUGUGAAUACAGACCUCCUACAUAAAAACACUGUGUCCGAAUUAAAACAGGUCACGUGUCGAAGUAAAAACACCUAUCAUACUAUUUAUCAAUUUACUUUUUUUUUUUUGUUAUUAUUUUUCAAAGCCAGUUAUCUCUCUGAA